GAUCAAACAUGAAGGUGUUCGUCGUUCUAUUUGCCCUUGCGGCGGUAGCUAUUGCCAGUCCUGUAGGCUUGGAAAACGUUCAACAAGAGAACCUCGCUGAAAACGAAGCUGAUUUGUCGAAGAUAAAGGUAUCAGGCGGAAUAAAGUGUCGUGGAAAGCGAUGCAAGGGUCACAUCGGUAUCGGCGGAAGCUGGUACGUAGCCGAUGACGGAACCCUCGUACCAGAACCAGCCGGUGAUGAAGUCGACGACGGUAUCCAAAAGUCAUACAACGUGGAGGAGGAAGAGGAAGAAAGCGUCGACGAUGAAAACAAUUCUGUAGAAAUUGUUUUCCAUUCCAAUUGCAACAACGACGAAAUUGACAAUUCGAAAUGUAACAAAGCUACCCUUGGAAUCCAUUGGUUGAGAUUACCAAGCGGAGAAGUCGUUCCACAUAUCACGGAAAACGAAAAUACAGCGGUCGAACAAGUCGACCCAACGACUGCGAAGUGGAAGUGGAAUGGUAAAGUCCGUGUCAGAUGUCGUAAAAGCAAAUGCCGCGUCGACGUCAGCGGUGGAGUUCACAACUAGACGCAAAGAUCUUCGUAACGAGGACGUAGAAAUCAACACGAUUCUUCAGAUCCUCGAAGAGAAAGAUCUAUCGCUCGAUAUGAUUUCCAGAAAACGAUUGAAACUUCCCUUUGAGAAAAAGAGAUUAACGCAACCUUAGUCCGUUGUAAAAAAAAAAAAAAUAUAUAUAUAUAUAAAGAAGAGA